AUGAAGAUUCUCUUCUUCUGCACGGCUCACAAUUCGCUGUCGCAGCGGCUCUUCCUCGUUCUGUCUCGGAAGCACUCAGUCACUGUUGAAUAUGCCUUGUCCCCUGAGAGAAUGAUCGAAGCGGCCAACUUGGCCAAGCCACAUCUUAUCAUAUGCCCAUUUCUCACAUCUCUGGUACCACAACAGAUAUACGAUGCCUAUCUCACGCUCAUUGUUCACCCUGGGCCACCCGGAGAUGCAGGUCCCAGUGCUCUUGACUGGCUGCUGAUGGGAGAUGAUGGGACGGAUGCUGACAGCGAGAGGUUGCUGAGUGAGAAUCGCUUCAAUCCAGUGGGAAGAAGUCACUGGGGUGUUACUGUUCUCCAGGCGAUUGGGAAGUUUGAUGCCGGCCCCGUGUGGGCCUUUGACCAGUUCCACGUCAAUAUCAACGACACCAGCGUGACAAAGUCGAGUCUGUAUAGAGGUCCAGUCACACAGGCCGCUAUUGCAGCGACUGUUGCUGCCAUUGAGAGAAUCGAAGCAGCUGCUUCCUUGGUACGUCCGCCGUCUGGGGCUCCUAUAUCGCCUCCUGCAACUCCGAAGCCUGAGGACCCUGAGGCGGAUCCAAUAGGACACAUCUCUCCAAGUCUCUCUGCAGACGCGGCAUUUGCAGAACUAUCGGUGUCCAUAUCGGAGCCUUUCCUGGGCGGCCCGACGCAUCACAGACCACUACUCAAAGCUGCGCAUAGAAACUUUGAUGUCAGAAAGCACACCGCGUCCACCAUAUCGCGAAGAAUUCGCAGCGCUGACUCACAGCCUGGGUGUUUGAGUGACCUGUUUGGUCCCAAGCUAUACCUCUAUGGUGGUAUGAUUGAGAGCUCGAGCUCACCAUCUUCUUCCAUCAGGGGAUAUACCCUGCCAGGCAGUGUCAUCCAUGUCCGCGAUGAGGCAGUCUGCGUUGCCACUUGCGAUAACAAAGGCAUCUGGAUCACACACAUCCGACAAGUCAAGACCAAGACUGAUCCAGCGCUGUGGCCCAAGGUUCCGGCUGCGUCUGGCCUCGAACAACUUGGCAUCUCUCUCGUCCAGGGAAGUUCUUUUUAUAUUCCAGCUGUCCCUCAGACCCCUUCGGAACACUGGGGAAAGUCCAGUCACAGCACGUUUCAAGAGAUUUGGGUAGAUUUUGUAACCGAAGGCGAGAGACGACUGGCCUAUUUAUACUUUGACUUUUAUAACGGUGCCAUGAGCACAGGGCAGUGUAGACGAUUGGUGCAAUGCCUCGAAUACAUCUCGUUCAAGGCCACCGAUCCAACUGAGCAUCUACCUCUGACUGCCGUGGUUCUCAUGGGCGGCAAUUCCUACUUCAGCAAUGGUAUCCAUCUGAAUGUCAUUGAGGCCGCAGGUGAUCCAGCUCUAGAAUCAUGGUACAACAUCAAUGCCAUCAACGAUGUUGUUGAGAAGCUCCUCCUGGACCUGCCUGUCCGCGGCGUGACCACAAUCGCAGCUAUUAGAGGAAACUGUGCCGCCGGUGGCGUCGCCCUCGCAGCAGCGUGCGAUGUUGUAUUGGCCGGUCAGCAUGUCGUAUUGAACCCAGCAUACAGAGCGCUGGGAUUAUACGGAUCGGAGUUUCACAGCAUCAGCUAUCCUGGACGCUGCGGCGCCGAAAGAGCCAAAUCUGCAUUGCGCUCCAUGACGCCACUGAGCGCAGAUGAUGCCCUGAGCAUGGGUCUUGUCGACCAUGUAUUACGUGUGUCCGCCGACCUCCUUGACGGUGCUGUACGAGAUACUGUCCAGAGCCUCUUCUCCUUCGCUGAGAAUGUCGAGGGGGUGCCAUCGCCGAAGUUCGGUGCUUGGAAGCAAAACGCAGAUACAUCGCCAGCGGGCCUGGCCCUCGCUCGUGCCACUGAACUGGGCCAGAUGUCAAUGGACUUUUGGAGCGCUCGUUCCGAGAGAUACCACUCUCGGAGGAGAGACUUUGUGAGAAAGGCGAAGCCGUCGUCUACGCCGUUGCGGUUUGCAACCCACAGGCGGCAGAAGGGCAUGACGGAUGAGGAAGAGCAGGAUAUGUUUGAUUCUGUGGAAUGGUUUGUAGAGAAGGCGGCGCACAAACUGAAGCAAGAUAUGUCUGAGAGAAUGAUUCGAGUGAUUAACGACUUUUCAAUGGGUAAUGAUGAUAGGACUCGACUGGCUAGUCCGAUGAGCGGAACUGAUGUGAACAUCGCAAAGAGCACGCCAAUCUUUGGCUGCUAUUAUAAUCCUUGA